AUGGCCAAAAUCAUCGCAGUCACUGGCGCCACAGGCACACAGGGCGGGUCUGUUGCUCGCGUUCUCUUGGAGAGCGGCAACUGGAAAGUCCGAGCAAUCACGCGCAAUCCGAAUGGGAACGCUGCCAAAGCCCUCGCCGCUCAGGGAGCUGAAGUCGUUGCUGCGGACUUCAAUGAUGAGGCUUCGUUGGUGAAAGCUUUCGAGGGUGUGCACGCCAUUUAUGCGAUGACCAACUUCUGGGAGCCUCUAUUCACCGGGAAAUCGCAAGUCGAGUCGGGAAUCAUUGAAGAGCAGCAGGCGUUGCUUCUGGUGAAGGCCGCAUCUCGCACGAAGACGCUGGAGCAUUACAUCUGGAGCUCCAUCCCAUCUUCGACCGACUUGACUGGCGGCAAAUGCGCCGUCCCGCACAUGGAUUACAAAGCGAAGGUUGAUCAACGCAUCCGUGACGACUUCCCUGAUCUGGCCGCGAAGACUACGUUUUUUUACGUCGGCUUCUACUCGUCGAACCUGGCCUUCUUCCCCAACACCAAGCUGUUUGAAGUUCCGGGAAGCGGCAAGUACGUCCUCGCCCUUCCGACGAAGCCAUACGCUACCAUUCCCGUCACUGGCCAUGGGUCCGUGACGGUGGGCGUGUGGGCGCGCCAGGUGCUCGCAAACCCCGAGAAGACACUGGGCAAAUAUGUCAGCGUGCAUACCGAGGUCAUAUCCUUCGAGCAGAUGGUCCAGGCCUGGAGCGAGGUCACCGGGAAGCCUGCCGUGUUUGCCGAAAUCACGCCCGAAGGAUACGAACAGCUUUGGGGAAUCGCUGGGCGCGAGAUGGCCGCUCAGAUGAAGUUUGGAGAACUCGUCACUGACUGGCAUGCCCACCUGGGCAAAUCGCUCGUGAGCAAGGAGGAAUUGGGCAUCUCCCCGGAGGAAGCGAAGGGCUUCAAAUAUGCUAUGGAGCAGCUCAAAGCCCAUCUGAUCUGA